AUGGGAGUUCUGAUGACGGUAGCCGAUAACUUCUGGAAGAUAGCCUGUUUCUUCCUGGCCCUCUACAUAGUGAGGAUGAAGAGGGCUGUCUGCCAGAAGGACAAGGGUAGGAGGCCUGUUGAAAAGGGAGAGUAUGGGAUGAACAUCAUAAUCAAUACAGACUAUUCCAUGUCCAAGGGAAAAGUCAUUUCCCAGAUCUGCCACGGAAUGUCUUGUGUGAUGUGCCAUCUGUUUAAGAACGAGGAGUUACUCCGUGAAUGGAAAAGAAAUGGAGAGGCAAAGAUAGUACUGAAGGCCUCGGAGAAUGAGAUUCAGGAGAUGAUAAGGCUGGCCAAGGAGAAGGGCAUAUACUAUCAUAAGAUAUGUGAUGCCGGGAGAACACAAGUCCCUCCAGGAGCAAACACUGUCCUUAUUCUUGGGCCUGCACUAAGAUCGUGUCUUUCACCCAUCUCGGGACAUCUGAAGUUGUAUUAA